AUGGCGUCCUCUCUCCCAUCCUCGUCGUCGUCUUUACCCAAAGCCGACGACGAGGCAGCAUCCAACCAAGAAAUUUACGACCAACUCCGAGAGGUCGUGUCCACGUACCCGGCGGCUCCGAGGCUUAGCGGCAUCGGCCGCCCAUACGUCCGCCACCCGGACGGCUGGUACGCGUUCACGCCGGGGGUGCUGAACGCCAUGGUGAUCAAACGGCACCUCGAGGCGCGCGACACCGACGUCCUCCUCGCCACGUUCCCCAAGUCUGGCACUACCUGGCUCAAGGCGCUCCUGUUCGUGGCCCUCCACCGCAACGCCGACGGGCGCGACCGUCUCGCGGCCCACAGCCCCCACCAGCUCGUCCCAUUCCUGGAGGCCCAGGUCUUCACCAACGGCCGGAUCCCCGACCUGAGCUCCCUCCCGGCGCCGCGGCUGCUGAUGACGCACGUCCCGUCCGUGCCGCUGCCGGAGUCCGUGGCCGCAUCCGGCUGCAAGGUGGUGUACCUGUGCCGGGACCCCAAGGACUGCCUCGUGUCGCUCUGGUACUUCUGGAAGGGGCUCGCGCCCGCACCGUGGGACCUGGGCGAGGCGUUCCGGCAGUUCUGCGACGGCGUGUCGCUGUUCGGGCCGUUCUGGGAGCACGCGCUGGGGUACUGGCGCUGGCACUUGGAGAGGCCGGCGCAGGUGCUGUUCCUGACCUACGAGGAGCUCGCCGCGGACACGCUCGGCCAGCUGAGGCGCCUCGCGGCGUUCGUCGGGCGCCCGUUCACGGCGGAGGAGCGGGAGGCGGGGGUGGACAGGGGGAUCGUGGAUGCCUGCGCCAUGGAGAGCCUGGCUGGGCUGGAGGUGAACCGGUCUGGGAAGGCCGACAUGGCCGAGUUGUCGGUGCCCAACAGCGUUUUCUUCAGGCGCGGCGUCGUCGGGGACUGGAAGAACCACCUGACGCCGGAGAUGGCGAGGAGGCUCGAUGAAAUCACCGAGAGCAAGUUCAGGGGCUCUGGCUUGGUGUUGCCACGGGCAACCACACAUCUGAAGAUCUGAACUAGUGGAUUCAUCAGCAUCUACCAAAAAUAUUCCUCUUCAUAAUCCACAUCUCCACACCUCUCCAUUUUCCACUAUGCUUGAUUUCUUGAUAUCGACAACAUAUU